UGUUUGGAACACUUUUUUUUAAUUUUCUAUUGGCCCCCCAAAAAUGACCCCCAUAUUCAAAAUUAAUUUAUUUACGACGUAUGCGUCCGUGUUUGGGUCACCGAAAUUGACUCGGUGGUUUUGAGGGUUCCUGAACACGAAUAUUUAUGUAGUCGGUGAUUACAAUUAUUGGUUGCAUAAAAAUAUACUGGGGGUAAAAGCCCUCUUGUUUCUCAAAAUUUUUAAAUUACCUACUAAUUAAUGCACUGUUGUUGAUCUAGAGGAUAGAGUUGUUGAUCUAGAGGAUAGAAUUUUAUUGUUUCUUAUUUAUGUUUGAUUUUAUGAUAGACGCACUUUUGAUAGUUGCUACCGUUUUCAUUGUUCGUAGUGCGCUGCGCACGCAACUUCCGUCCCAUGUUGAAAGUUUACUCUCAAUGCGCCAAAAGAAGUAUAACUUCUUUAAUUUUUCCUUUCAUCAAUCUCCUCUUUUGUCGAUCGCUACUUAUUAUUCUUAAUCUUCUUUUGCUUGCCACAGUUUAUUCUUCCUUAACUUGUAAAGUAUGUAUUACACAUUUAUUUUCAGUGAUCUGUUUUCUGUUAUUUUUUUCAUUAUCUCGUAGAUCUUCAAAACUGCUUCCAGUCUCCAUUUAUUCGUCCUACACUUUUGUUUGAUUACAUCUAGGUUUUAAUUUGAAAAAACUAUUCAGUGUAUAAAAAAGGUAAUUCCUUAAUAGAAAUAGUUUGUAGUCGGAAUUUUCCCUUUUCUAUGUUGAAUAUUUAAAAAUUAAAACUAUUAAAGUACACGACAGUUUCUGCAAACCGUAGUUUCAGUUCCAAUCAAAUAGGGAAGUUAGUCUACAAAAUAAUAUUUAAUAAGUAUAUUACUUGUGAUAUACAUAUAAUUGAUUAAGUCGGACAGAACCGUGUCAAUCAACUCAAACAAAAUAAUUCAUGAAAUGUGGAGCAGGCAACUAACACUUGUAAAAAUAUUUCAUAAUAAUAAUAAUAAUAACUACGAUAUAGCACAUGUAUAAAGAAAACAACUACUAACGGAUUAAAUUAGUUAUCUUGCAACAUUUGUUCUUCGCGCAUUAAUAGAAAUGAAUCGGUGGGUUGGCAAAGUUGCAGUCGUAACUGGUGCUAGUGCUGGAAUUGGUGCAGCUCUAUGUGAAAAAUUAGUCAAAGAAGGCUUGCAAGUAAUUGGUUUCGCCAGGCGUGCAGAACCGAUAGAAGAGCUUUCUAAAAAAUUGCGAGGACAAAAAGGAAAACUGUAUGCUUUACGAGUCGGCGUAAGCAAUCCUGAUGAAAUCGUGACUGCGUUUCAAUGGGUGAAGGACAAUUUGGGUCCAACCCACAUCCUUAUAAACAAUGCUGGUAUUGCCAUAAACACCAGCUUGAGUGAUGGCGAUUACGACAAAUGGAAACAAAUCCUUGACGUUAACGUAUUGGGUCUUUCUGUCGCGACAAGAGAAGCUGUAAAACAAAUGAAAGAAAACAAAAUUGACGGUCACAUUGUUCACUUAAACAGCGUCUAUGGUCAUACAAUUGUUAAAAAACAAUUUAAUAUGUAUUUUGCUUCCAAAUAUGCGGUUACCGCACUUGCAGAAACGCUCAUCAACGAAAUCAACGAAGAAAAGUUGAAAAUUAAAGUUACAGUAAGUGCUACCUAAUACAGUCGAACCUGGAUAGGUGAGAGCUCAAGGUUUCUCACUAACCCGAGUUUCUAGCUUACAGAGUU